AAUCGUGAAAAAGUGUUCAAAUUAUAAGCCAUCAUAGAAAAUUAAGUGAUAAUAUCGAUUCAUACAGGCAUAGAGUGAGUGACAGUGCGAAUAUUUAUUUGUGAAACCUUGUCGCUCGCCGCACCUAAAUUAACACAAAAUGCUGUCUGCCGCCAGACUGAUCGCCCCCGCAGCCAGGUCUGCUAUCUUCAGCAACACAGCCAUCGUCAGGCCACUGGCAGCAGUGCCCUCCCAGACACAGAUUGUGAGCGCUGCUCCCAAUCAGCUGUCAGCAGUGCGUUCCUUCCAGACCACCUCUGUCACCAAGGACAUUGACUCCGCCGCCAAAUUCAUCGGUGCCGGUGCAGCGACAGUAGGAGUAGCUGGUUCCGGUGCGGGUAUCGGAACAGUGUUUGGUUCCCUGAUCAUCGGCUACGCCAGGAACCCCUCCCUCAAGCAGCAGCUGUUCUCAUACGCCAUCCUGGGCUUCGCCCUGUCCGAGGCUAUGGGGCUCUUCUGUCUUAUGAUGGCCUUCCUGCUGCUCUUCGCUUUCUAAGCCAAUUACUUUUAAGAACACUACUGCCAUCCAUCAUAGAGGUUUCAGUGUAUACUACCUAGUGGGCGGCCAAGGAAUCAAAUGUGUGGAACCUCACCUAGUGAUGCAAGGACUGAUGUGUACAGUGUUACACUUGCCAGUGCGUCAUCCGGAAUGCAAUUUAUUUAAUUAUGUAGUAUAAAGGAAAUCUGCAAAUAAAAUGUUGUACGUAAACAUUUAACGAUUCUAAAGUUAUUUCAAACACCUGAUUAUUGUAGACUUGUUAUUAAUCAUGUUAUAGUGACACGGGAAAGCCGGUGAUGAUAUUUUUGAAGCCAGUGUCUGCGUAUUUGCGUGUGUGUAUCGUCAUCGACUUUUUUGGUGGAAUUAACCUGUUCGAGGAUGUCGGCAUCUGUAUUGUACAUUUUUAGGGCGAAUAAAUGAUACAAACAUAA